AUGCCCUUGAAACUUACGAAUUUUCUGCGAAAGUUACAGAAUCAAUACGUUACUUUAGAGCUACAGAACGGGUCUACAGUGUAUGGGAUGGUAAUCUCUGUGUCACCGCAUAGUAAUGUCAAUUUACGAGAUGCAACAUUAGAUAGGUACUAUAACAGUGAUUCUGUUUAUUCAGAAGUUACUCCUCAACCUAUAUCGACAUCUCAUCUAAAGAACAUCAAUGUUAAAGAAUGCUUUAUCAGGCAAGUUAUACUCCCAGAUUCUCUAGACCUUGAUAGCAUACUGGUGAAUGCCAACGAAGUUAAUGGGCUAACAAGAUCAGGUAAAUUGGCUGAUCUUGGAGGCAAUAGGAAGAGAAGGAGGAGGUCAAGCUCGAAUAUGACGAAAAGGUUAAGAGGUUAG